GUGCUGUACAGACAGAACAAAAAGAUGGUUCCUGCCCCUUGACCCUUACGGCCUAAGAAAACGGGUGACAGAUUGAUACAGAAGGACCAGCGGGGGAGUACCAGGAAACACGGAGAUGAUAUUGGCUCUGCAGCCUGCGCUUGAAGAAGCUCACCGUGCUGAGGGAGCUGGACAAGGAGCUGAGCUCGGUGCUCAUCGCUGUGAAGAUUCAGGGUUCAAAGCGAGUCCUGCGAUCCAAUGAAUACGUCCUUCCACCCGGGGGCCUGAUGGAGACUGACCUGGAACUGACUUUUUCUUUACAGUACCCGCAUUUCCUGAAGAGAGAUGGCAACAAGCUGCAGAUUAUGCUGCAGCGAAGGAAGAGGUACAAGAACCGCACAAUCCUGGGCUACAAGACUCUGGCGGUGGGAGUCAUUAACAUGGCGGAGGUGAUGCAGCACCCCACGGACGGAGGGCAGCUUCUGGGCCUCCACAGCAACAUGAAGGAUGUGAGCGUCCGAGUGGCUGAAAUCAGCAUCUACUCCCUGUCCAGCCAGCCCAUUGACCACGAAGAUGGCAGCGUCCCCUCCGGCCCCAAAAUCAAAGCCUCGGAUCGCUCUCCAGACAUGGAUAACUACUCGGAGGAGGACGACGACAGCUUCUCUUCAGAGCAGGAGGCCAGCGAUGAUGCUGUGCAAGGCCAGGAUCUGUACGACGAAGAGGAUGAAGUGAGGAAGCCGAAGAAAGCCCGGAGGAAAAUGAUCAGAACCACGUCCAUGAGCAGGCAACCGAACUUCAAGCAGAAAUUCGUUGCUUUGCUGAAGAGAUUUAAAGUGAUGGAUGAGGUUCUGGACUCCGACCCGGUGGGUCAGACCCGAGAAGUGGAGGAGGACCUGGGGCUGCUCUACGACAGCUUGGAGGAAUGCAACAACAGCGACAGCGGCCCUGAGCUGGAGGAUAACGAGAGCGUGCACAGCACCCCCAAGCCCACCCUGAGGCGUUUCUUUGAGGGCGUCUCUCACUCGGGUUCCCAGACUGAGAUCGGCAGUCUGCACGGCCAGAAAGGGCAGGAACAGGAGUCCGGCAGCCCUGGACAAGCAGAGAAGCGAAAGGCUGGAGCUCCGCGGGCCCUGGAGGAGGUGGGCGUGGAGGUGGUAACCGCGGUGCUGGAGGCGGAGGAGCCCUCCCCACGCCCCGGGGCGGCAGAGGCAGCCGGGCGGGAGAGCAGUGUUGACAGGCUGGCCCAGCUGGCCAGCGCCGGCAAGCCCGAGUCCCCAAACGCUGUGUCGCCCAGCAAAGCUGAGAGCAGACAGGUGUGGCGGCCCCGCAGCACCUCCAUGAAGGACCGGCAGAACUCGAAGGGGCAGAGCGACCGCGCCAGCAGCCUGGACAGCGAGAGCUCGCCGGACUCACGGCACAGCGCCCAGGUCCCCCGGAAAUCCGUCUAUGAUCAGCUGAACCAGAUCCUGAUCUCAGACGAGCAGCUUCCGGAGAGCAUCGUCCUGGUGAAUGUCGCCGAGUGGCAAGGGCAGUACCUGAGCGAGCAGCUCCAGGCGCACAGACAACCCGUCGUCUCCACCUGGUCCGUGGCCGACGUCCAGGCUGCCUUCAACACCAUUGUCGCCCGCAUCCAGAGAUACUGUAACUGCAACUCUCACAUGCCUCCCCCAGUCAAAGUGGCCGUGGCGGGGGACCAGAGCUAUCUGAGCAUCGUGCUGCGGUUCUUCGUGGAGCAGCUGGCCAGCAAGACCCCAGACUGGCUGAACUACCUCCGCUUCCUCGUGGUGCCACUGGGCUCACACCCGCUGGCCAAGUACCUGGCGUCUGUGGAUGGGAGGUACAGUGCCCUCUUCCUGGACACGGCGUGGAGGGAGCUGUUCAGCCGGGCCGAGCCCCCCAGCGCAGACACCGUGGACGUCCCUGGCCGCGUGGCUCAGUUCAUUGCAGGAGCCAGCCAGUCUCACCAGCUGCCCAUCUCCGAGGCUAUGCUGACGUACAAACAGAAGAGCCCAGACGACGACUCCUGCCAGAAGUUUGUGCCAUUUGUUGGGGUGGUGAAGGUGGGGCUUGUGGAACAGUCCUUCAGCGCCUCAGUGGACUCUGAUGACGCCACGGUCUGCACCAGUUCCCUGCUGAGCUCCGCACCUCCAGCCAACGCAGGGACCCCCCACAGCAAGGAGGCCAUGGGCACCCCACCGCCCUCCCCAUCUGUCAGCAGCGGCCUCUCAGGGGCUGGGUCCCUGAGCCCCGGCGUGGAGGUGAUGGGCCUGCAGGUCGACUACUGGACAAGCCAGGGGCCGGAGAAGAAGAAGGAGGGAGAAAAGCGGGAGAUGGGCUUGAAGAACACACUGAAGAGCAACUUCCGGUCGCUGCAGGUCAGCCGCGUGCCCAGCGCCGGGGAGCUGGUCCCCCCCAGCACCAUGGCCAUGACCGUGGUCACCAAGGAGAAGAACAAGAAAGUGAUGUUCCUGAGUAAGAAACCCAAGGAGAAGGACCUGGAGCCCAAAAGCCAAGUCAUCGAAGGGAUUACGCGCCUGAUCUGUACGGCUAAGCACCAGAACACCAUGCUCCGAGUGUCCAUCGACGGCGUGGAGUGGAACGACGUGAAGUUUUUCCAGCUAGCAGCGCAGUGGCCAACACACGUCAAGCAUCUCCCCGUGGGCAUCUUUGGCUACGCGAAGAGUGUGUGAGCCAGCCGGGCGGCCUGGGAGCCGGGACUCUGCUGAGUGUGGCAGGAGGCAGCGAUGGCCAUGGCCUGUCCCUUCUGCUGGGCCCCGCUCCAGGCCCUGGCUGUUCCCACUCAGUUUCUUUCCCCCAGGGGGCUUUUAACAUGCAGCUCGAACUGGUGCAACAGGGGAUCCACGUGGCUUCCAGCGCUGCCGCCCCCCAGGCCAGCCUCCCACUGGCAGGGGGCCACCCCAGGGAAGGGAGGGGGACUGGGAGCUGCUUGAGGGCGUCUUACUGGUGCUGCACCAGCAGACCAGGCUGCUCUGGCUCGUGCCAGGGGGUAGCUCAGCCAGUGGCACCCUCUGGCCAGGGCCUAACUCAGCCACCCCCUUUCGGCAGCUCCAGGGCCCCACUGGCAGCUCCAGGCAGUUGAGGGGUCUCUGCCCCACCCUGCUGUUUUGGUUAGGGGGGGUCAGCCCUUGCUCAAGGCCCUGCAGCAGCCCCUAGACCUGGGCCCAGCCCCCCUGCCGGAGCUGCAGCCUGUGGACAAGCUGAGGUUCUCCUAGCGCUGCAGGUGGGGGCCUCCUCCUCCAUCAGCUCCAGGGCCCCAGCGCUAGGGGAGCUGUGCUGCAGCGAGCCUGGGGGGCAGGCAAUGGCCGGGGGGGAGCAGAAAGCUGGGCUGGCCCAGCUGUGCCCUCAGCGCCAGGAGUCAGCACCCAGCCCUUCACCGAGCCUCCACCCGUCAGUCCGAGCUGCAGCCCCCGCCCAGAAAUGCUAGGGGCAGGCCCACCCGCUGCAGAUGGGGGACCCUGGGCACGGGCUGGCAUAGGGUUCACAGGAGGAGUGUGGCAGCCCCCCAGCCCUGGCACUGCAGCUGAUCUCACACUCCUGCCCUCCGCCUGGCAGACUCCAAGCCCAGCCCAGCCCCUCAUGCUGCCAAACCACUCCCUGCCCUCGGAGACCCAAACUGGGGGCUGGGCGGCCGGCGGGGGCGUUACCCUGUUUUUUUUACAAGAUUCUAUUUUUUUUAAACUUACUGUAUGGUUGCUUUUCUGAAUUAAUUUUAAUAAAUUAAUGCUGGUACCACUGUGA